AUGACUGAGCCUCGAUACCGGUACUCGGGGCGUAGGUCGCCUACCUCCAACCCCGCGCGAGCCUCGUUGCCUGUAGGCGUAGGCUACAACCCUCAUUUCAGCGGAGAUAUCCAUGCAGUACCCACGGCUCGCUAUGACGCUGCUGCCCCGCGGAGAGUAAAUGAACAUAAAGCCUCGUCCUCUUCGAAUAACCCUCCAACCACCACCAUUACAACUUAUAACGUUACUAAAGAGCCUGCGCCGCGCACAUCAAAUACCGCACGUCGUCGCUCAUCUACGGUAGAUUCGGGCGCGGUUAAACCUAUCAUAGUCACAACUAACCAUGCCACACGACCUCACGGGUCAUCCUCCCACACGUCAUCUGCCGCCCGCCAGACUAGUCCGUCACACGACCCCUACCGAUCGAGCGAUGAGACCUAUUAUACGCAACCCGCCUCCUCCACUUCGCGGGGCCAGCGAUAUAGCCACGGUUAUAGCCAAAGCGCGACUGUAAGUAAUGACGAACUAAGACGAUUGAGAGAACGAGUUGGUGGCAUCGACGACAGACUUCGAGCUCCGACACACACCCCUACCGACUAUUACCGAUUCGCCCUUCCUCAUGCAAGUUACGCGACUCCAUCACAUGACCUCAGCAGCACCGCCGUAAUCGACUACGAGAAUGAAGGUUACGAAUACACAAAACCUAGCGAUCUGGCUAGAUAUGACCUAGACAACGAUCGCCAGCCACAGCGCGGACGUAGGCGGGAGAGCGUUGACCGUCCCGCUAACAACUACUUCAGGCCAACUGUGAAUGUUGUUAGUAACGAUCCGGGACGCUACGAUGCUCCCAGCGCCGGCCGUGGUCGCGGUCCACCGCCUCCAUCCUCGGGACUUGAGCGCUAUAACAGGGCUACUGCUGCGGGUAUCUAUGAUCGUCCCACUGUUACUAUGCCAGCUCUACCACCUGUUCCUUCCGCACCGCCAGUCGAUCCCAAACGUCGCAUUGAAGCUGCACCGAGGGAUCCAUCUCCCGAGCGUAGACUGACGCGACCACGACCUGUGUCUCUAUACCAGGAUGCGCCGGCGCGCAUAUCGCAUCCUGACGACCUCUACCGCUCUCACGACGACGAGCGUGUACAUCGUCGUCGGGAGCGUGACGACCCAUACCUCGAUCCCGAGGUCUCUGCGCGCGGAUUUGGUAUCCGCACGGAUUCCCUAAAAGUAGAACAACCAGAUCGCCCAGCAAGAUCAGUAGAUCGGCGCGACUAUGAUGACCGGCGUGUGCGACGAGACGCCGCAGAGCGCGAGCCUCGGCGUCGCUCUGAUGAGUCUAUCGAUUAUGCUCGCCCCCACGAUACCAGACAGUCCGUUGAUGAUAACAUGAGCCGGGACUCUAGAGAUUCUAGAGAUACCCUUAGCCGUAAAGGUAGCCUAGGCGGUCGAGCCCGUGAUAAAGUGGCUGCUGGCUUAGGUGUUGCUGCUGCUGCAAUGGGAUUAGUUCCUCCUAAGGAAACGUCCAAGGAUGACGAUCGCAAGGUCUCCCCACGUCGCCGGGAUACUAUUGAUGAAGAAGUAGAGGUGGGAAGCUCUCGUAACGGUGAUAGGUACAAGCCCAGAGAGCGGGAUGUUGUCGAGCGCGUAGAGCGCAAACCUUCUCCCAGAGAGGACGCUCCCUUGGAACGACGAGAAUCCCGGAAAGAACGGGCGGACUCGGCGUCGGUUUCUAGGGAUCGUGAGACAGACCGGGAAUCAGAGAGGGAGCGCAUUCGCGAGCGUGCUCUCGAUCGCGAGAGGGAACGAGAGGAAGAAAAGGAACGGGAGCGCGAGUUAGACCAGCGUGAGCGUGAAAAGGAGCGGGAUCGCUCUCGUGAGCGCGCUGAGCGCACUAGACAAGAUACGGAGGCUGUACUCAGCGGAUCCGCCGUAGUGGGUGAGAGAGACAACUCACCACCCCCCAGCGACGCCACGGGUACUUCGCGCCGACGUCAACACACUUCGUCAACUUUCGACUCUACAAAUAUUAACGAUCUGCUGGAUGUUAAAGCCGAGUUGGCUGCUAAGGACAACCAAGAGAAGCCUGAGAGAUCGCCUGUCGGGGAUCGCACAUCUAACAAAGAGGCUAGCCCCUCUUCCUCUAGCGAGCGCCAGCCAGUCGACUCUCACGAAGAGUCUCGGGGUCGCGAGGUAGUCUCAACAUCGGAGAAACAAGUCCGCGUAGUGUCACCCCCUCGCGACAAGUCCGAGCAGAAGCCUAUUAAGGGCAUUCUUAAGGCGCCCAGCGCCAAGUUCCCCGAGGAGGAGAACCCGAUCCGGGAGGGCGUCGCACCGCACAAAGAUGACAAGACCAAGAAGGGUGUCCCUCCAGGUGCGCGCUGGACCAAGAUUAACCGGAAGCUAAUCAACCCCGCCGCCUUGGAGGCCGGAAAAGAGCGCUUCGAGGUCCGCGACGAUUUCGUCAUCGUACUUAGGGUCUUGAAUAAGGAAGAGAUCCAGGGCUACGCUACUGCCACGGCGCAACUUAGAGCCGCCAAGAGAAGAGAAAUCGAGAAAGAAUUGGGUAGCAACCACGAAUAUGAUAGUCGUGACGAUGACGAUAAGCGACCAAAUCGUCGACACCGCCGAGAGCACGAUGAUAACUACGAGUAUCGCCGAGAUGAUGACCGGGAGCGUCACAGAAGACACAGACGGGAUGACGACUCGGAUGACGAUGGACGCGGCCGUCGCGCUAUUGAGUACGAAACUUCAACGACCGGCCGACACGACGUACCUCGUCACCAUAGGUCCGUUCGCGAACGUGAUUACGACUCCAUUACUACCAACUCGGACGACAGACGCUAA